AUGACCGGCGAGGAGAAGGCGGCUGCCGACCGGCGCAACGCGGUCAAGCGCAACGAGGCCAAGCGUGCGAAGCGAGCUGCCGCCAAACAACAAGCAGACGCAGCACCAGCGCAGCCAGUGGCAUCGCCGUCAGCGGCGACAGUCAGUGCCUCAGUCGCCGAGGCGUCGGUCGAAAGCGAGGACGGCAGCGAGGACGAUGACGUCGGCGAGCCCGACCUCGAUGAGCUCAACGACAUGCUCGAGGCGGACGGCCAGGACGCGAUUGACAUUGACGAGUACGAUGCGUUCCGCGACUGGUGCGACGGGCGACUUGAGAUGGCACAGAGCGGCGAGCGCUUCCACGCCGAGCGCAAGAUAGACGACUUCUUUAGCAGCGGUCGCUUCUGCGAGGAUGCUCAGCCCGCCCAGCAGGAGCCAGAAGACUGGCUCGCGCUCCACCCUCUUGCCAACUACAGCAGCCAGCUCGGCGAUUGGCAACCAUCCGGCGGCGACCACAACGCGUGGGGCUCGCUUCCGGAGCCCGACGAUGAAGAGCCAGCCGAGCAGCAAGCUGCGCAGGCAACUGAUGAGCCAACCAAUGAGCCGUCAGCGCUGAAGCCUGCCCAUGUGCCGACCUCUCGCGCCAUGUUCUUUCACUGCGGCAGCUUCACGACUGAGGAGCCGGAGUCAGUCCCACCAGCCGAGCCACGGCCGCUGCCGAGCGCCCGCGCCGCCUUCUAUCACCCGAGCAGCUUCACCGCCGAGCAACGCCUCAACGCUCAUACCGCGAGCAUGCCUCCCGGCGAGGCGGCGCACCAUCGCGCCCUCGCGCCCGCCGAGGUACGCGGUGCUGACGGCCGUGUGGUCACGAUGGCCUUCGAUCCCGAAGGCGAGGUCGCGUACUACCAUGAGCCACACGAGGCGGGGCGGCCCAACUGA